AUGAACUUCUAUCCGCCGCCACCCACAAUAGCCGCAUCCCUAUACUGUCGUGUCCCGGAUGAGAUCAGAUGCAAGGACCGCGAUUCGGAAUGGCGAGGCGGUUUCAGUCGGGCCUUUCAGAACAUCUUUCUUGAAGGUCCGGUUUACACUUCUUCAGGCCACCUUUAUAUCGUAGACGUCCCGUACGGACGGAUACUCAGUAUCUCGCCCACAAAAGAAGUGACAGUCGCAGCCGAGUGGGACGGUGAGCCAAACGGUCUGGCCGUGGACCCUGAAGGCAAAAUCGCGGUUGCAGACUACAAACAGGGCAUCUUGACAUUUGAUCCAUCGACAGGCAAAAUAUCGCCACGGCUCUCGCGUCGAAACCUAGAGCGCUUCAAAGGUCCAAAUGAUCUGGUAUUCAGUUCCAAGGGCGAACUGUACUUCACUGAUCAGGGCCAGACCGGACUAACAGACCCCACUGGUAAAGUGUAUCGCCUAUCUCCCGAUGGUAAACUCGACACACUCGUUGAGAAUGGCGUCAGCCCCAAUGGUCUCGUGCUGUCGCCUGAUGAAAAGUUCCUCUUCGUCGCCAUGACUCGUUCAAACGCGGUUUGGCGGCUCCCACUUCAUGCAGAUGGAACAACGAGCAAAGUGGGUCUCUUCUUCCAGAGUUUCGGUACAGUAGGACCAGAUGGGUUGGCGAUGGAUGAGGAAGGGAGCUUGUUUGUGUGCCAUCCAAGUUUGGGGUCUAUUUUCGUUGUCAAUGCGGACGGAACACCGAAGGCAAGAAUCGUAUCGGGUACAGAGGGAAUAAAUUUGACGAACUGUUGUUUCGGGGGCAAAGACGGUAAGACGCUGUUCAUCACUGAUAGCUUAGAGGGAAACGUGCAGUGUGUGGAGUGGCAUUGCAAAGGCGCCACGCCAGUGCCUACUGUGGCAUCAAAGAGUAGCGGAGAGGCAUAG